CGCUGAGUGAUGACGUCUCCUCAUUGGGCGGAAGGUUCGGUGGCUGUCGUCGGUGUUCCAGCUGGUGGGAGUUGGCUUCUCGGUGCUGGGCGCUGGGUCCCUGGUGUCUGUAGCUGGGAAGUUGGGCUGCGGGGUCGUCCCUGUCCUUCUGCUUCCAGUGUUCCUGGGUGUCAUUCUGCGGCGCGGGGCCUCGCCACGGACUCUCCGGCCCUGGGGGGGACCACGGCUUUAGUGGUGCCUUUCGCGAGUUCUCUUAAGUACAUCUUAAAACCUUCAAGAUGGUUCUAGCAGAUCUUGGAAGAAAAAUAACAUCAGCAUUACGCUCAUUGAGCAAUGCCACCAUUAUCAAUGAAGAGGUCUGCAAUUGAUCUUGAAGAAAUGGCAUCUGGUCUGAACAAAAGAAAAAUGAUUCAGCAUGCUGUAUUUAAAGAACUUGUAAAGCUUGUAGACCCUGGAGUUAAAGCCUGGACACCGACUAAAGGAAAGCAGAAUGUUAUCAUGUUUGUUGGAUUGCAAGGGAGUGGUAAAACGACAACAUGCUCGAAGUUAGCGUAUUAUUACCAGAGAAAAGGUUGGAAGACUUGUUUGAUAUGUGCAGAUACAUUCAGAGCAGGAGCGUUUGACCAGCUAAAACAGAAUGCCACCAAAGCAAGAAUUCCAUUCUAUGGAAGCUAUACAGAAAUGGAUCCUGUCAUCAUUGCUUCUGAAGGAGUGGAGAAAUUCAAAAAUGAAAAUUUUGAAAUUAUUAUUGUUGAUACAAGUGGUCGGCACAAACAAGAAGAUUCUUUGUUUGAAGAAAUGCUUCAAGUUUCUAAUGCUAUACAACCGGAUAACAUUGUUUAUGUGAUGGAUGCGUCUAUUGGACAGGCUUGUGAAGCCCAGGCAAAGGCUUUUAAAGAUAAAGUAGAUGUAGCUUCAGUAAUAGUGACAAAACUUGAUGGUCACGCAAAAGGAGGUGGUGCUCUCAGUGCAGUUGCUGCCACAAAAAGUCCAAUUAUUUUCAUUGGUACAGGGGAACAUAUAGAUGACUUUGAACCUUUCAAAACACAGCCUUUUAUCAGCAAACUUCUUGGUAUGGGUGACAUUGAAGGCCUGAUAGACAAAGUCAACGAGUUGAAGCUGGAUGACAAUGAGGCACUUAUAGAGAAGCUGAAGCAUGGUCAGUUUACAUUGCGAGACAUGUAUGAACAGUUUCAGAAUAUCAUGAAAAUGGGCCCAUUCAGUCAGAUCUUGGGGAUGAUUCCAGGUUUUGGAACAGAUUUUAUGAGCAAAGGAAAUGAGCAGGAGUCAAUGGCAAGACUGAAGAAACUGAUGACAAUAAUGGAUAGCAUGAAUGACCAAGAACUGGACAGUACAGAUGGUGCCAAGGUCUUUAGUAAGCAACCAGGCAGAAUCCAGAGAGUUGCCCGAGGGUCAGGUGUAUCAACAAGAGAUGUCCAAGAGCUUCUGACGCAGUAUACCAAGUUUGCACAGAUGGUGAAAAAGAUGGGUGGUAUCAAAGGACUUUUCAAAGGUGGUGAUAUGUCUAAGAAUGUGAGUCAGUCACAGAUGGCAAAAUUGAAUCAACAAAUGGCCAAAAUGAUGGAUCCACGUGUUCUUCAUCACAUGGGUGGCAUGGCAGGACUUCAGUCAAUGAUGAGACAGUUUCAACAAGGUGCUGCUGGCAAUAUGAAAGGCAUGAUGGGAUUCAAUAACAUGUAAAGAAGAUGCCUUAAUAGAAACUGACGUGGUUGAUUAUGUUAUCUGCUUAGGCCUCAGAGUUUCCCUUCCUUUUGCAAGUGGGGUAGAACAGUGUUCUUGCCUGUCUCGCCCUCAUUCUUUCCUCAUCGUUUUCCUUCUGUCUUCCUUCUGACGGAAGGGAGAAGUGGCCGGUUGUUUCAGAAGUCAUCAUAUUCCUGCUUUAAAUCUUCUGUUCGUUUCACCGUCAUAACACUUCUUAAGUUAAACAAAUCAUGAUGUCAAAUUUUAGUUCGUAAAGGUUUUUAAUUGUCUCAAAAGCCAAGCAUCUAUAAACAGUCUCGAUCAGUAAAUUACAUGAUAUUGAAGGAAAGUCUGCAAAAUAAACUUCAAGUGAUAAUUUAAAGGGUCGUUAACUUUCUUUAUGGUCUAACGUGGUACCCCCUCCCCCCAAAGUAGACAAAAAGCUGGCAGGUACAUUUCGAGGGAGAUAUGGUAGAAAUAAUUUAAUCAUGAAUAUUAGGAAAUGUUAUUUAUUUUAGAAUAAAAUAAUUUAUUACAAAAACCUGAGCUUUGCUAUUUUAAUUAAAAUAAAAAAAUUUGGUUAA